UGUAGAAUAAAAUCGCAAGGCGAUUUACAAGUAAAACACCUAUUAUCAUACACCGUGAUCUACAGCGAUCAAAUUUCUCUUGUUCUGCUUUGGUGACAGAUGACAUCUGUCAAAGUCUUUGUAAACAAUUUUCUGUAGAGCAUUGGACGUAAAAUUCGACCAUGGGGCCGGCAAAGGCAGAUGUUUGCGAUCUGUCCGAUGUUACUUUAAAUGAAAACAGUAAUAUCGAAACGGAGGAUCUGAAACCGAAGAAACUUCCAAAACGGGUCUUACACUUUUCGGACGGCGAUCUAGUAGAAUAUUCGGAGGACGAAACGGACUCUUCGGAAGAAGUCACAGCGAUAACGCAAAUAGAUCCAAAGAGCCUUGACUGGGGUCCUUGGGCUUGGUAUCAGACAACAUGGUUCGGUACUAGGGUACUAGAUGGUUGUGAUUAUGUUGGUGAAUGGUUGGCCAGUUUCUUUGGUAUUACAUCGCCAAAAUAUGAAUUUGAAAUAAAUGAAUUCUACAGACUUCAAGCUCUUGAGAGAGAAACGAGACACAAACAAGAUCUAGAAAUGGGUGGAUGGAACGAACGUAAUAAAAAUAAUCUUGUGA